AAAUAUGAGGUGUGGAGGUUAUUUUUAUUCGUGACUCACACAAGUUGAAACAAUAAUAAAACCGUAGUUCCAUGCCAAACACUUUAUUCUGCGAUCUACACCCUGUGCGAUCUUCACUCUCUGACACCUCGGCGAAACUUUUGUGGUUGGUUUUUGGCUUAAUUUUGAGAUGGCUUCUUUGCGAAAACUCAUUCGUGAGCCAGCAAAACGUAUGCUGAUAUUCUUCAGCGUUGACCAGACGACGACUGUGCUGGAUACAGCGAAAGUAAAGGAAAUUAUAGAAGGGGACAAAAUUGAAGAGGGAGCAAAAGUGCUUGUAAAAUUUGGAAAAGAUAAUUUCGAAGCAAGGAUAAUUAAGCUUCACGACGAUCCUGGCGUGCUGCUCGAAGCAGAGACGGAGUUUUUGAUUCAGAUGUUUGGGGGGGGAAAUGAUGCACACGACGCAGACAAAGAAAACCAAACCCCGACCGCUGAACCAAAUGCGAGGAGGCCUCCAUUGGCAAAUAAGACCAAUUCACCACAUCCACAGGCAACAAAGAAACGAAAAAAAAACCGGAGAUCAAUCGAAGGCCAAAAAAGCGAAGAAGUUAAUCAACAUAGAAGCAGAGUCAUUGCCUGAUGAGCCAUAUGGUAAUGCUGAUGGGGAAGAACCUUGUGGAACAAAAGAACCUUGUGGAACAAAAGAACCACUGUCAUUUAUGCAUCCCAUGGAACAAGAAAAGGUGAGAAGAUUGGUGGCUGAAUACCAAAAACUUGAUGAGAAAGAAGUUGGUGUUCAGACAGAUUGUGUUCCAUCAAAUGAAGUUGGUAUACAAAUAAAUUCUAAAGAAGAUCAGCCAAAGAUGAUGAACCAGUGUUCGUGUCAUGAUGUCUUGCUGGAAAAGGUAUCAAUCCUAGAAAGUAAACUAGAUAAGCUUGUUUCACCAUUAGAAAAUCCAAAGCAAAAGAGAAGAGUUCUAUUGGGGUUUCUUCACAGCAAUACGGAAGUAUGUUAAUUCCAAUCAUUAUGUCAAAAUUGCCCAGUGAAAUCCGUCUCGAAAUUGCCCGUAAGUCGACUACCGAGGUUUGGGAAAUUGAUGAGCUGCUUGACACAAUAAAAACGGAAGUUGAAGCACGGGAAGUAAGUGAAGGAGUUCAGUCAAAUCUACAAGGUAAAAAAUCGGGUGCCCCACUCUACCCCCCUAGAGUACCAUCUGCUGGUGCAUUCACUGCUCAAGAACAAAGUGGUAAACAAAUUUAAUGUGUUUACUGCAAGGAAUUUCAUUUUUCGGCAUCAUGUGAUCGUGUGACCAACCCAAAUGAACGCAAAGAUAUAUUGAGGAGAGACAAUCGCUGUUUUGUAUGUUUGGGAAAGGGGCAUCGGAGUUCCCGGUGCAUGUCAAAGAAAAGUUGUCGACAUUGUAACAGUCGACGUCAUCAAUCGAUAUGUGAAGCCUCUAAGCCCCCUAAUGAUGUACCACCUUCCUUCGGAGUAGAUAAAUCAAACGCAUCCCAUGGAAACGAAGAGUCAUUUUCAACGAAAGAUCCUCAAAACACCAAUGCCACCACUGUGAUAAAUGGUAGAGACAAAAUGACUCCCCCUGAGAAUUCUAUUGGGACAGAUCAGGCAACUGUUGCAGAUAACUCAAUGACGACUACAACGACGACCAAAACCCGAAAUAAAGUCCUACUACAAACAGCAGUUACAUAUCCGCAAGUAAAGAAUGGUUCAAAUUCAAUACCAGUUCGUUUACUUCUGGACAGUGGUAGCCAGGGUUCUUACAUCACCAACUCAUUGAAGAAACGACUCGAGCUGGCUCCCAUUCGAACCGAGACCCUUAAUUUGAAUACCUUUGGGAAUGAUCACUUUACAAAACGACGUUGUGCUGUAGUCCAGUUAGUACUGAAAGGAAACAGUGGUCGCUGAAAAAUAAACGCACUUUGUUUCCCAAGUCUUUGCUCACCUUUGACAAGCACAAUCGACCUUAGUUUAAAUCCCCACCUACAAGAUUUACAGCUUUCAGAUUCCAACAUCAUCGAAGGACGUCAGAACGAUAGCAAUAUUGAUAUACUCAUUGGUGCGGAUUAUUACUUUGAUAUUCUUACGGGUGAAAUGAUACGUGGUGAAAGUGGUCCUGUAGCUAUCAAUAGUGAAUUUGGGUGGGUCGUUACUGGACCGACUGGUAACAUAGAAUCAUGUUCUGAGGUAUCUGAAGCACAUUUCCUGAUCGAGGAGAAAUGUUCUACUACAACCGAUUUCACACCGGUUCUGGGAAAUUGAAUCAAUGGGUAUUGCGGGGGCAGAAGCUAAAAAAGAAGAGUUUUUAAGGGAUAUAAACUAUCUCGAGAAUGAUGCAAGGUACGAAGUUAGUUUACCGUGGAAAGAUAAGUGCGUUCCAAAAUCGCCUAGGUACAGUAUGUGUUUGAAGCGACUUUAUCAACUCAAGGCUCGUCUCGAUAAAGACAAAUCUUUACUCGAACAGUAUGACAACAUAAUUAAGGAACAAGCGAAAAGUGGAAUUACAGAACCCGUAGUUAAGCCUGCACAACGCAGCCAUUAUUUACCUCAUCACGGAGUACAACGUGAAGAUAAAGAGACUACGAAAUUGAGAGUCGUAUUCGAUGGUUCAGCAAGAUCGUUCAAAGAUGACGUGUCUUUGAACGAUUGUCUUGAAAAGGGGCCGAAUUUAGUCCCUCAUCUGUUCGAUACCGUAGUUAAAUUUUCGUGGCUAUCUUAUCGGACUUGUCGCGGAUAUUGAGAAGGCCUUUCAUCAAAUUGCAAUUGCUCCUGAUGAUCGAAAGAUGUUGAAGUUUCUUUGGUUCGAGGAUAUCAAUCAAGAUUCCCCAACUGUCAAGGAAUAUGAGUUUCGACGCCUGCCAUUUGGUUUAACCUUAAGCCCUUUUAUACUAUCCAGCAUUAUAGCUUAUCAUCUUUAAAAAUAUAAGGAAAUCGAGCCAGAAAUUGUCGCCUUGCUACUUGAGUCCCUGUAUGUGGAUGAUUUUGCUGGAGGGGCUUAUGAUGACGACGAAGCACUGGUUAUCUAUCGAAAGUCUCAAGAUCUAAUGAGCAAGGGUGGUUUCAAACUUCGAAAAUGGCAUUCAUUCGAAAUUGCAUCUCAGCACAAAAAAAUGCUAUCGAAAGCUCGAAGGACGAAAUGCCUAAAUCAAAGUUAAAGCACAGCAGUUGCAAUACAAAGAAUGACACUGAAGAAAGCCUUGUCGAAGAUUCGUUAUCAUGCCAAACAUCACAAAAUCCCCUGGCGUCUAAGCAGAAUUGCGUAAACAUUCUUGGGACAAGUUGGAAUGAGUACAGCGAUCAAUUUUGUUACGAUCUCAGCGAAUCAGUUGAAUACCCCAAAUCCCUUCCCCCGACCAAACGGUCUGUGCUCAAACUUUCAGCCAAGAUCUUCGACCCUAUCGGUCUUUUCGCUCCAUUUACAGUAACCAUUAAGAUAUUAUUUCAAACCCUCUGUUCUGGUAGCAUAGAUUGGAAUGACGAGUUAGACGGCAAAACAUUAGCAAGCUGGAAGUCUCUUGUGAACGAUCUACGAGCCUUGAGUGAUAUACGUGUGCCACGCUGUUACUUCCACCAUACAGACGAAUUGUCUGAAAACCAUGAGAUUCACGGUUUCACUGAUGCUUCUGAUCUUGCGUUCGCUGCUGUCGUGUACCUUCGCACAGAGUAUAGUAAUGGAGAUGUCCUUGAUUGCAUCCAAGACAAGAGUCGCACCUAUUAAAAGAUAAACUAUACCGAGACUCGAGUUGUUAGGAGCAAAUUUACAAGCCCGAUUGGUCGACACGAUUAUCAAAGCACUCACGUCAAUCAAGAUAAUAACCAAUGUUGUCUUAUGGACGGACUCGUUCACUACUUUAUGUUGAAUUCGAAACCAUAAGGUAUGGAAGACUAUGUUCAGAACCGAGUAAACGAGAUAAGAGAGCGAAAAAGCAACUACGAAUGGAGACAUUGAAUCCCGCUGAUCUGCCAUCUCGUGGUUGCUCGGGACGUGAACUAGCAGAAGCUGAAACAUGGUGGAAUGGUCGGAAGUUCUUCAGACUUCACGGGAACAUUGGCCACAGGAUCCUCAACCUCCAAGUAAAGUUAAUGACGAGGCUCUAAGCGAAGAAAUGAAAAAUCCAACUGAAAUCGUACACUCGUAUGAUAGAUCGCUAAAUGAUUUUGUCCAUAUCGAAGAAAUCAUUGACCCCAAGAAAUAUAGCACGAAGAUAAAGUUGCUUUGCGUUACCGCACGAAUAAUUCGAUUCAUACGAAAGAUUAGUAAGCAACUACGCACAACGUCAAUGGAAUUAAGCGCUGAUGAAUUAAUGGAAGCUGAGAAAUUAUGGAUCAGAAGUAUUCAAUCUAUCGCAUUUGCCGAAGAAAUCAACAUCAUCACAUCGAUAGCAAGAAUGUACUAGUGCAGCAAUUUGGAUUGCUUCUUGACGAGGAUCAUAUUAUUCGUUGUGACGGUCGAAUUAAUCAUUCUACGAUGCCUGACGAAGCAAAACAACCGGUACUUUUGCCAUCGAAGCACGAAUUUACGAACAUGGUUAUCCACGAAAGUCACAAAUUUACUAAUUUACUAGUACAUCACGAUGGAAUCACGGAAACCUUAAAUUGCGUGCGUGGGAAAUAUUGGGUUUUACGAGGACGAGAAAGAGUAAAGAGUGUCUUAAGACAAUGUGUAACUUGUAAAACUUUCGAAGCGAGGCCCUUUGCUGCAGAAAAAGAGCCUGUUUUACCAUCCAGUCGAGUAAGCGAAGAACCUCCAUUUUUAAACACAGGCAUUGAUGAUACAAGUAAUGGGAAAUCAUAGAAAGUAUAUAUUUGUUUGUUUACGUGCUGCUCCACGAGAGCUGUCCAUUUGGAACUUGUUCCAAGUUUGAGUGUUCCUUUAUUUCUUCAAACAUUUCGACGAUUUAAAUCUCGAAGAGGUUUACCGUCAUGAUUAAUAACAGACAAUGCUAAAACAUUUAAGAGCGCAUCAAAGGAGGUAAAGAAUAUCUUGAGAUCGGUAGAAAUUCAACAAGAAAUGGCUUCGAAGGGAAUAAAAUAGGAUUUCAUCAUAGAACAGGCACCAUGGCAGGGAGGAUUCUACGAGCGAAUGAUUCAAAGCACUAAGAGAUGUUUAAAGAAGAUUCUUGGACGAUCUUCGGUGGAUUUCGAAUCUUUAAGAACACUCUAAGUUGAAAUCGAAAUGACUAUAAAUAAUAGACCGCUCACGUAUAUGUAUGACGACGAAGAGGGAAUCUCGUACCCACUAAUACCUUCACAAUUAAUCUAUGGAAGACAGAUAUCACUGACACCUAGUGAUCGACAGUUCGAUAUCAUCAGCACGAACAAUGCGUUGACCAAAAGAGCAAAGAAACACCGACGCUUACUCGAGCAAUUUACAACUCGAUGGAAAACAGAAUAUUUACUGAGUCUAUGAGAGACCGCCCGCGUACAUAAAGGUCCAUCACGGGAUUUCGUGGCGGUUGGUGAUGUGGUUGUUCUGAAAAAUGACUCAACUUCCCGCGUGUUUUGGAAGUCAGCGUGUGUGAAAGAGCUCAUAAAGAGCAAAGACGGUGUAACUUGCGCAGCAAAGGUUUGCGUGUUAAACUCUGGAAAAUCUCGAGUGAUCGAACUACGUCGACCUAUUCAGCAUUUAGUCCCCUUAGAGUUGACAUUGAGACAAGGUGCAGAAACGGUACAGCACGAAGAUGAUAUAUUUUGAUCACUCUAGUGUGAUCAACGCCGGGAGUGUGAGAAACUGUACAUCACAUAUUUAUAUUUUGUUAACGUGGACACUUAUAUACUCUACAUAGUGGAUAUUUAUAGAACAAUUAGUUUAAUUGUAUGUCCUGUCAAUCAUGUAAUCGCAUUGGAUAUUGUUCGGUAUUUUGUGCUCGAUUGAAAGUAUAGUGUGAGAGUUGUUUAACGAAAGCGAUUGAAUUUAAAGA